CUGGUGACCUUGAGUGUUGGGUUGGCUCGGUUAUCAAAUCAAACCAGUAACUCUAGAGGCUGUGAGGUGAAGUGAAGUGUGUAUCCCGGGCUUGCUAUGAAGCCAACAGGUGCUCAGGCUUCAGAGCCGAGUGAGGGGUUGUACCCGAGGUCGCGAUUCGAGGGAGAGGUCACUCCUGAAGACAAAGAUGAUGUCGGUGAGGGGAGGAAGGAGGGGGAGGCGAUCUCAGACUCCGUGGCGUCUGACGAGAUCACAGGCGCUUUCCGGUUCCUGUGCGACUAUCGACUGCCCCCCACCCCCUCCCCGGAGUGGGCCCACUCACCGUCACGCUCCCUCAGUACCGGUGUGGCGCCGUCCCUGAGUGUGUCGGAGCGCGAUAUAGAGGGGGACUGUGGUGUUAGUGAUAACAGUAGUGUGAGCGGCGUCACGGGGGCGUCUAUUGCAGCCAGCCGGGGGGUUGGAGCCCCCCCUCACACCCCCAUGGGCUCCACCACCAAACUCAUAGCAGACUCAGCUCGCGUGCCAUCCAGGAGUUGGCGAUGUCUGCCCGGAUUUGGCUCAGUUAUGGCAGCUCUCUCCUUGGCAGUCAGUCUUGCCAAUAUCACCAGGCUACCAACAGUUGUCCUGCAACAUGGUGGAGGUUCAUUCUUGGCAGUGUAUGUUGCGAUCGCAGUUGUGUUCGGAGUUCCACUUGUAUUCUUAGAAGUCCUGUUGGGCCAGUUUUGUCAAGAAGGUACCACUAAACUUUGGAGGGCAGUGCCUCUAUUCAAAGGUAUUGGCUUUUUAAAAGUGCUUGUGUCGAUCUUGGCCUCAAUCUAUUACCCGGUGAUCAUGGCAGUUGCUCUCUUCUAUGUGGUGUGGAGUGCCAAGGGUCCUCUACCUAUGACUGAGUGCAAGUACCUUCCUUAUCAGGGUGGUGCAGUGAAACGAACCUCAACAUAUGGAGACGCUUGUCUAGAGCGCACUUUACUCUCACAGCCUGACCACGACCCCAUGUGGUUCCUCGUCAGUAUAGCUCUACUAUUCGUUAUCUGGGCUCUCGUAAUGCUUUGCCUCUGCAGAAACGCACGAUCAUACAGAGGAAGUGCGUUUCUUUUGUUGGCAGCAGUGAUUGCCGCUUUAUCAGCCCUGACAACGGAACAACUGGGAAUAAACGCCAGAGGCCUCAAUGCUCUGUUUCAGUUCGAUUAUAAUUACAUUUUGAAGUGUGAUACAUGGUAUUAUGCUGUUGUUCAAGUAUUUCUUUCGACACAAAUUGGGUUUGGAAACAUAACAACUACAUCGGGAAGGAUAUACGCAAAAAGUAAUGCCUUCUGGAUAACCCUGGUGUUCAUGGUGUGUAACCUGGCUGUGGGAGUAGGAUUCACCUGCCUAGUGUACAUGUGGAAGGCCAGACUGGAGGAUCAAGGCAUCUCACUGUCCCAGCCAGACAUCCCUGAGUUAUUUGUGUUGACGUUUAUGUAUGACGUUAUCACUCGUACAUUCACCUCCGAUGUGCAGCUGUGGGCCAUCAUUGCCUUCCUGGCUGUAGUGUUUGCUGGACUCACCAGCAUGAUGGCAAUGGUGUUCACUGUAACUACAACUGUCAUCGUGGAAUCUAAGGAGAGGUGGAAACCAUGGAUAAUAACCGGAGGCUUCUGUGUCAUUUGCUUCCUUGCUGGCAUCAUCUGCUUACUACCAGAAAAACUAGAGCUGGUGCACAUGCUGGAACAUUAUGUAGUGAGCCGCAUCAUCAUCAUGGCAACGGCUAUUGAACUGAUUGGCUUCGUCUGGAUCUACGGAAGUCACCACUUAUACAACGACUUUGAGUUUGUCUUAGGCUACAAACUGACCUGCAUCUGGAACUUGAUCUGGGCCAUUACUCCCCCUCUACUCAUUACACUACAGAUCUGGUCAAUAAUUUCGAUGCCAGUGACUGGGACCACGACGAAAACGGAUCCAGAGUGGUUAUACUUCACAGGCUGGUCAGUUGUUGGUGGAGCCUGGCUGUUUGUGUUCAUUGUGGCAAUCUGGCAGAUUGUCAUGCAAGUAGACUACAACAUCUGGCAGAAAUUCUUGUCGUCGCUGAAACCAUCACGCAACUGGGGGCCUGUGGAUCCCAUACAACGACAUGGCUGGAUAGUGUGGCGUGAGCAGUGCACAUUGAGCGGAGAACGAGACUUUACAUUGAAGCGACGAGGCACCAGAGACUAUACACACUCUGUCCGAAAUGCUCCCAGCGACACUCUUGGUACUAGGUACUAUCCGCAAUACACAAAGCCCAGUAAUGAGAAAACUGCUAUUGACCCAAUGGGGACAUUCACUAUCAAUUCAGUGCCCAACUACAAUUCGACGCAAGCGACAGAUGCAGCCCUACGCGGUGUGGGAGCUCCCUACAUCGUCCAGCUUGACAGUCAAGACCUAGACCACGUCUGCUGGAGGAAGGACCUCACCACGUCCAGGAGUAGGCCAUCAUGACCCCUGUGUUACGUCGAGCCGCUAGAGUUGCGCACUCGUCUCUGAACGUCAUUUGUUACCUGAAUUCAAAGAAUUCAUAGUCAUAUUCAUGUAAGCUUAAGUACGAUCAUCUAUGCUGAUAGAACUUCCAGAUUUAGUAUUUUAUACUUAGUCUAGCAGCAGUUUACAUUCCAGUAUUAGGUAGUAUUUAUACAUGUAACAUUAUUGCUCAUAUUGUAGAUUUAUAGUGGAAUACAGCUGAAAAUGAAAUUGUGCUUUUUUACACCUACGUUUGAGCUCAUUUAUAUCUACAUUACAUGAAUUAUUAACUCUCAUUACACAUUUAUAGAAAGAGUCAGAAACAGAAAACUAAGUAAUGACUAUGUUGAAUAUUUGGAAAAUAAUUCAAUGUAUUCCUUUAUUAAAUUUUGUUAUAUUUUGAAAAGGUGAUGAUAAAAAUGAAUGUAUUUAUGUACAGACAAAUUUAUUUCCCUUCAAACACUUUUGUUCAAUUUGUUUGCUGAAUUUACUUUACAUAUUAUAUUAUCUGUAAUGUUUUCAAAAGGGUAAUUUCAUUAUAAGACUUGAUAAUAAUAAUUAUAUAUACAAUAAAUAAUAUUAAUAUAUAAACUUCAUUAAUCUUCCCUUCAAACACUUUUGCUCAAUAUUAAAUUCACUGCCAAUACUCAUUUCAACUGUUUGAAAAUGGAAAUCUUGAAAGAGGGCUUUCAAACUUAUACAUUCUCUUUCCAGUCUUCAAUGUUCAUUAAGUCAGUUUUUCUAUAAGUUUUACAUUUCAGGAAUAAUUAUUAAUACUGGUUAUUUAAGGUGUUUUGUUGAUUAUUAAUAACAAUCCACUGAAAAUAAAAUAAUCCAAAUUUGUUUUUUUGUACAAGAUAGAUUACAUACAUAAAAUACUCAAAUAAAUAUACAUUUUAUUGACCUUUCUCUUUAAAUGGACCAAUAAAACUGAUUAAAAUUGGAUUUACAACAGCUUUCACAUUCAAAUUAGAAAAUAAUUGCAUAGGAACACGUUGAAGUUUUCUUGACUCUACCUUUAAUCCAGAACUGCAGUUUUUAAAAAUAUUCCUAACUUAAAAAAUGUAUCCUUUUUAUAUAUUUCAGGAACGAAAGCAUUACCAAAUAUGUAUGUUUAUCAGUGGCGUAAACAGAAUAUUUGUAUAGGUAAGAUGAAGGUAAAGUGUGUUAUAGUAUCAGUAAGGGAGAAGGGUGAGGUCAUAUGUCAAAUUAAACAUAUUUUACAGCAGUUACUGAACAAAAGUAUAAUCAAAUAAAAACAUAAAAAAGAAUAUACUGUUGAACUAACUGUACAAGGAUGUAAGAAAAACCAAUAUAUCUUGGUUUUUAAGUUUUAAUUGUUUGUUCUGGCUGGAUAGAUCCCCUGACCUCCCCAUGUAUUUAUGUCACUGAUCUGUAUAUUCUUCCUUCAAACUAUUUUAUUCCCUCUGCAAUUUAUAUAACUUUCCCAGUCAUCAGUGGUUCUAAUGUUGUGGUUCAGUUUGUUUCCAAAAUUAUUCUCUGCAAUUAUAUGUGUGUUUUAUGUGGGUAUUUGUUAAAAUUAUUUUUUUCAUUUAUCCAUAAAGUUUGAAAAUUUGCUACAAAUUAAAGUUAUUUUUAAAUUAAGGUGGAUACUACCAGAUAUUUUCCUUAAUGAAGGAUAACAUGUACCAAGGUCUCAAAUACGAAUUUGCCCAAUGCUUCAAAUAAUAAUUCAUCUAGUGAGUAUUUGAUACAUUUUAAUUCAUUGCCGAGAUGUUUUGAUACAAAAUCCAGUAAUCUAAUAAUAGGCCUUGUGGAGAAAACUCAAAAUAUUUGAAUUAAGAUAUUUUAUCACAGGUUACUUCUUAAACAAUGAAAUAUUUUGUGCAACACUUCACUAUAAUAUCUGAACAAAAUUGAAAACUUCUUUACAAUUUUAUAAUUUGUAGAAUAGUUAAUGAAUUUGUUAAUUAAAUCUAGGCUUAUUACCUCGAAAAUUGUCUUUGUAUUUACUAUUAGCAAGCUGAACACAUUGUUGAAGAUAGAGCCUAACACCAACCUCCUGUAGGUAGCUAGUUUCAUGUUAUGGUUAUAUCUAAGGUAGAACCACUAUGUUUAAACCAACGACUUUGACAUAUUGUGAAAUGCUUGUACAGGUCUCCCUAUUGUGAUCUAGGUUAGUUUUAAGUCCAAGUGUUUUUAUAACCAGAUAAAUAAUUGUAAAUAAAAAAUUUUAUUACCUAAA